AUUUUUCCUAAUCAAGACAUGUUAAGCGACAAUGGUUCUCGGCGUCAGUGGUCGAUCUUUUUUUAAAUCGAUCGGAGCCUUUAAUGUGCGUGGUUUACUUCGCACGUCUUCGCGAAAUAUGUCAAAUAUUCAGCCGAAUAGUUCUUGGACUGGCGAAGAAUUUGAAAUACCAGUGCCAUUUGGAGUGAUAGCAGCCAAACGAUGGGGACCAAAAAAUGGGCAUCCAGUUCUCUGUCUUCAUGGAUGGCAAGAGAACGCUGCCGCAUUCGAUCGAGUUAUUCCGCUGUUGAACCCUGACCUUAACCUCACCUUGACAUGUAUCGACUUCGCUGGAUGUGGAUACUCUUCGCACUACCCACCUGGGAUUCCCUACUUUGAAAUCGACAUCAUGUUGCACCUCAACCGCAUUCGCCAUUAUCUACAAAUAGACAAAUUUAGUCUUAUUGGCCAUAGCCUCGGCGGUGGGCUUUCUCAGCUGUUCGCUGCUACAUUCCCAGAGCUAGUCGUUUCUGUGGCCACAAUUGACCUCAUUCGUCCUGUUUACCGACCUAUUGAAACCUACCCGGACCGGUUACGAAAAUCGGUAGAAGCGUUCUUGAAAUGGGAAUACUUGUUGCAUGACAAAGAAGUGAUUUCCCCGGUGUAUUCUCGGGAAGAAGCCAAGGAUCGGAUGUUGAAAGCUGCUCCUUCGCUUACGCCUGAAUCGGCAGAAGUGUUAAUGUCUCGAGGAUUACGACCUGCCGUGACUCCCGACGGUAGGGAAGGGUUCGUGUUCAGACGAGACCCACGUUUGAAGAUUCAGUCCAUGUUCAACUUAUCUCACGCGCAAUUGAAUGCAUUUUUGGAACGAAUCGAAUGUCCGCUCUUGUUGAUCAAAGGGACGCAUGGUCCAAAGUACGAAGGGCAAACAAUCCAUGAAGAGGUGCUAGCGUUUUUUGAAGAAAAAAUAAGCGAUUUCACUUACGUGGAGGUUGAAGGCAAUCAUCAUGUGCAUUUGAACAAUCCGAGCGGAGUGGCCGACGAGCUAAACAAAUUUUACGAGCGUAUUUAUUCGAAUGCCGAAGGCAAAUCCAAAUUGUGAUGUUGGGUGCUUGGUAGUUGCUUUCGGGGAUUGAUUUCCAUAGGAAAAAUUUCCGUCGCCGUUUUGAGUGCGAAACUUGUUAAUAUUGGAAAAGAGUUGGGUUCAUUCUUGGUUAA